AUGGUGCAGCAACCUCCUCCUCAACAAUAUUCUUCUGUUCCUCAGACUUCUGAACCUGGGUUUCCUACUACUAUGCCUCGCUCCCCGUCGUCAAGGCGCUUUCCUGCUACUACGCAGCCAGGUCCUUUAACUCAAGGUGUAGCCAGUGGCGCCAUUGGCGGGGCGUACGGUCCUUACUCUCUGAAGUAUUCGAAUACGACCAAGAGUAUGAAUUCAAAAUUUCUUGCAGCGCCUCCACGGACUUCUCCGGUGAUCAAACCCGCUGCUACCACUACGACUGUACCUCCGUACCUUUGGGAAGAUGAUCCAGACCUGGACGAUCCCCUCCACAACUUCGAUUCCGAAAAUGAUGACGAGUCAUUUACUCCAUAUUCUUUGCGAGGCUGGCUGAAUGCCGGUGCUCUGGUCGUUAUAGUAGUCGGUCUUGUAGUGCUUUUCGCUGGGUAUCCCAUCAGCGCCUACUACUCUAAAACUACACUCUCAGUUUCAGGCUACAAUCUGGGCGGCAUCAACAGCUCUGGACAGAUACCUGACCUCCCUGGCCUACCUUCCCUCAUUGACGGGGAUACGCCAAUCGAUGCUUAUUCCCGCACAGGUCAAGAUGGCCUGAAAUAUAACUUAGUCUUCAGUGAUGAGUUCAACACCGAUGGUCGAACAUUCUAUCCUGGCGAUGAUCCCUUCUGGGAAGCUGCUGACCUUCAUUACUGGACGACCGACGACCUCGAAUGGUAUGAUCCCAGUGCCAUCACCACGGCCGAUGGGAAGCUCGUAAUUACUUUCAGCAUGGAAGAUAUACACGACUUAAAUUUCAAAAGCGGCAUGCUUACAUCGUGGAAUAAGCUUUGCUUUACGACAGGCUACAUUGAGGUAUCUGUAAGUAUGCCUGGAAAUUCCAAAACACCAGGUUUUUGGCCAGGUGCAUGGACUAUGGGUAAUCUGGGUCGACCUGCUUAUGGUGCCACUACAGACGGCAUGUGGCCGUACAGCUAUGCCGCAUGCGACGUGGGGACAUUCCCAAACCAAACGUCUGCAGAUGGAGAGCCGGCUGCUGCUCUCACUGGUAGCCCAUAUGGCGGGACACUCAGCUAUCUACCAGGACAACGCACAUCCGCGUGCACAUGUGAGGGGGGAGAUCAUCCGGGCCCGAGUACCAAUAUUGGCCGCGGAGUUCCUGAAAUCGAUAUCUUCGAACAUAUGAUCGACGUCGAUGUCUGGCAAGGCGUUGUGUCGCAGACUUUCCAAGUAGGGCCGUUCAAUGAUCAAUAUCAAUUUGUCAACACGACGCCUGCGACAACUAUUACUGAUCCUUCGAUCACUCAUGUUAACACUUACGUCGGUUCGACGUACCAACAAUCUGUUUCCGCGUUGACCUAUAUCGAUCAAACGUACUAUAACGAUGAGGCGUACGGGACGUACGGAAUCGAAUGGUUUUCAGAUCCUGAUAGUAGGGAUGGUGGUUACAUACAGUGGUAUAGCGGAGGCGUGGAGUCAUGGAGGAUCACCUCUGCAUCAAUUGGUCCUGAUGACACUGUCGAAAUAAGCCAACGACUCAUUCCUGAGGAGCCUAUGUACCUCAUACUCAAUUUGGGGAUGGCGGACAACUUCCAACCGGUGGAUUUCAAGCAUAUCACCUUUCCAGGAAAGAUGUACAUUGAUUAUGUACGGGUUUAUCAGCGAGUGGGAACGAAGAACGGCAUGACGUGCAGUCCGCCUUUACGGCCCACACAAGAUUAUAUUAACGCCCAUAUUGAGGCCUACACAAAUCCGAAUUUGACAACAUGGGAACAGACUGGAUUCCCCGUACCAAGCAACUCUUUGUACGAUGGUUGUUAGACCACCGGAUCUGCUCAUUUUAUGUAGAGUUACGGCGUCGUGGAAGCGGCCUGCGCUUGCCUUUAGUCGUUUCAGAUACGCGACUACUGGCUGUUGGAGUUGCAAGCGCGCCUUUAUUCAGACCCGCAUUUAUCCAUGGCGUUCUUGGAACUUACUUACAUUUACCUGUAGUUAUCUUAUUACUAGAUAUCUACAUCACACCUCAACAGGUCAUUGGGGCUCAUGUCUCACUCUACUGAACCUGUUGCUGCUAUUUUGGCUCCCGAGUCCUAU